AUGAGCUCCAAGAGGAAAUUUUCCGAGUUCAGGGCCGAUUCGCAAGAUGGCCCUCACGAGCGCAUUCCAGGAAGCCAUGCGCCGAAGUUCAAUAAUAAGAAGCCGAAAAAGAACAAGACAAAGCCAGAUAAUAUAAAUUGGCUCAAGAAACGAGUGCGAACAAUUGAGAGACGCUUCAAGAUGGGCCAGAAUAUGCCUGCAAACGUGGAGAAUGAUUUGGAGAGGGAACUUGCCCAUCACCAGCAGAAAAUUGCCGAGGCCGUAGAUGAAAAAAAGAGGAAGACGAUGAUUACAAAAUAUCAUAUGGUUCGCUUCUUUGAGAGAAAGAAGGCAGACCGGCUCGCGAAACGAAUCAAAACUCAACUAACGACGACCGAAGAUCCUAAAGAGAUUGAAAAGCUCAAAACAGACCUUCAUAAGGCAGAAAUUGACAGUAUCUACACCCGAUUCUUUCCUUACAGAGAGCGUUACAUUAGCCUGUACCCGGUCGGAGAGAAGGCGGAAGAUGCAAGUACGGCAGCACAGGCUCUACGUAGCGAACGGCCACCGCUAUGGGAGGUUAUAGAAAAGGCAGCAGAGAUAGGGACCCCAGCAUUAAUCGAAAUCAGGGAACGCAAACUGGAUACAGAUUCGAAAGGGAAAGCACCUAAUAAAUCUUUAGAGGAGUCUACCCCAACGAAAGCCAAUCGUUCUAGGACAAAGACCUCAGAUGCAUCUGGUCCUAUGAGUACCCAAAUGCCCAAGAACAGGUCUGAGAGACGUAAAAUGUCUAAAGCUCUAAAUUUGAGCGACAAUGAAAGCGAAGGUGGAUUCUUUGAAUAA